AGGACGUAAUUGCAAGUUUACACAGUUAUUUUACUUGCAAUUUAUUGAUUGCUUUUUCCGUUAUCAUCAGCUUUAAACAGUUUGGUGGCCGUCCGAUGGAGUGUAUGUUGCCGAUGGGUUUCAGUGGAGCAUGGGAGCAGUACGCAGAAAAUUUUUGUUGGGCGCAAGAUACAUAUUUUGUUCCGCCGAAGGUCUUUGUGGAGGAUAUUUCGGCAGAGGAACGUCGAGAACGUCGGAUUAGUUACUACCAAUGGAUGCCAUUUUUUUUGCUGUUUCAAGCAGCAUGUUUCAAGGCACCUACUCUCAUAUGGAAAUAUUUUGCCGGACAGUCAGGGAUGAAGUUGGGUCAAAUCCUUCGAUUAUCCAGUGAUCCAGCGAAUUCAUCUUUGGAAGUUAAGAAGGGGAAUAUUGAAGCGUUAUGUAUACAUUUGCAAGGUGCGCUAAGAUUCCAUGAACGGGUGAAAAAGAAGAAAUUGGUGCCUCAUAAAAUUUGUCGAAUUUUAAAUUUAAAAUAUGCGAAUUAUUACGUUGCAACGAUAUAUAUUUUAGCGAAGUUGGCAUUUCUGGCAAAUGCUAUAUUCCAGAUCUCUUUGAUGACACGAUAUCUAUUACCAGAGUUGAGAAAUGAUUACGGUUUGGAGUCAUGGAUAAAUAUUAUCUGGCCUAAGAAUGUUUCUCCAUCGUGGCACUACAGUGGAAUUUUCCCUUUAGUAACGCUUUGCGAUUUUGAAGUCCGAGAAAUGGGAAACAUACAGACUCAUACAGUGCAAUGUGUUCUUGUUGUAAACUUAUUCACUGAGAAAAUCUUUAUUCUUCUGUGGGCUUGGUUUAUGGUAUUGGCAGCACUUACAUCUCUGAGUGUUUUCAACUGGAUCUAUUUGUUAACAGAAAAUUGUUCAAAAGAACACUUCAUUCUGAAUCAUCUCGAAAUGAGCGGAACACCGUUUGAUAAAAAUGAUCCACAAAAUAAGGAGCACGUUGACUGCUUUUUGCACAAAUAUUUGGGAACAGAUGGCAUUUUUGUUUUAAGAAUGGUUGCUAAUCAUGCGGAUGUUGUUUUUGCGACUGAAUUAAUUGCAUCCCUCUGGCGAUCUCACUAUGUUUUCGAGGAAAGGAGAAAAAAUAUAUCACAAAUGGAUAAGGUAUGGCCACAACACCAACAGAGAUUGGAAAUGGCAUUACUUGAAGAAGCUGAAACUGCUCGAAAGAUUAGUUCGGAUGCCUUAAACGUGCUGCAAAGAAAAAGAAGUAUUUUCUUUGAUUCACCAUAUUUUGUUAAACGUGGUUCGCCGACUGGAGUAACGAUACCGAAAGUACCAUCACGGAACAUCCUGGGAAGUCCGUGUUUGCUGUCCCGAAACAAUUCCAAAGAUAGCAUAAUACCAUUUUCACCACGUCUCGGAAAUCAUCCUCGUGGCAGCACUUUCUCGACUGAGAGUCAAGGUAAACUUCGACGACGGCACAGCAUGGAGGAUAUCGAUAUUGGUGGUGGUAGAGUCAAAUUUGCAGACAGCAGCGAUGAGGAAGACCGAGAGAAAGAAAAAGAGAAAGGUCCAAAAAGUUUUAACAUGACCCGGAAAAGCUCUAUCAAAAUUUGGUGAAGUAAUAACUUUGUAGGGAAACUAUAACGAUUUCUCCUGAUCUCACAAUUCUAAUAUAUACGAAGAAAUAUGAGGAAACUGCAACUUGAUUAGGAGUUCUGACAGUUUUUUAUUCCUGUUUUUUUGUUUUUGUAGUUUUUAUUUAAAGCACUAGAAAAAUGCAGAGAAAAUACUUUAUGAUGGAAUAGAACACAUAAGGCGUUAUCGGUGUUGAUAAACAUAUCACUACUGAGAAGCGAAAGAAGUUUGAGAUUAGGCAAUUCAAGAAAGCUAUCCUUUAUAUUUCUUGUCAAUCUUAGCACUAUGAUGCGAGGAGGGGAAAGUACAAAAGAAAAUUCGUAACUGUCAUAAAAGCUAAACGCUUUGUCAUGGAGUAGAUCAUACAAAACACAUGUACAUUAUUAAGAAUGUAAAAGGCUGUAGUCUUUACGGACAUUUCUGACCAGUUAAUUUUUUCUGAUCAUAUUAAAUGAAAAAAGCAUCGAGUUC